AACAGUAUAUAAUUACAUCGAAAAUACUACUCUAUCGUUCUGAGAGAUCCAUCAAUGGCGGAGCAUGAAGGCGAGCGUGAGCGUGAACCAGUGGUUGAAUCAAUGGUGGAUAAGAUAACAGAGAAGAUCCACGAUCAUCAUUCAUCAUCUUCUUCAUCAGAUUCCGAUGAUGACAAGUUGGAUGCUGUGAAGUCGAAAAUCUUUCGGCUUUUUGGUAGAGAGAAACCCGUCCACAAAGUCUUAGGCGGUGGAAAACCUGCUGAUGUUUUCCUAUGGAGGAACAAGAAAAUCUCUGCUGGUGUGCUUGGUGGUGCAACUGCUGUCUGGGUUUUUUUUGAAUUGCUUGAAUAUCACUUAAUAACUUUAGUUUGCUAUUUAUCGAUAUUCUCUCUGGCUGUUCUUUUCCUGUGGUCCAAUGCAUCCAACUUCUUAAACAAAUCCCCACCUAAAAUCCCCGAAGUCUUACUUCCUGAAAAAUGUGUUCGUGAAGUUGCAUCUGGGUUGAGAAUUGAAAUCAACCGAGGAGUUGCUGUCCUGCAUGAUAUUGCUUCUGGGAGAGAUUUGAAGAAGUUUCUUGCUGUAAUAGCCGGCUUGUUGGUUCUGUCGCUUGUUGGAAGUUGCUGUAACUUCCUGACCUUACUCUACAUAUCCUUUGUUUUGCUGCACACCGUACCAGUGUUGUAUGAGAAGUAUGAGGACCAGGUCGAUGGAUGUUCUGAAAAAUCAUGGAUUCAGAUCAAGAAGCAGUAUGCGUUGUUGGAUGAAAAGUAUUUAAGCAAAAUUCCAAGAGGACCAUUCAAGGAGAAGAAGAAGGAUUAGAGAGAUGGAGAGAGAGAAACCAGUUCUAGUGUUCACUAGGUUGAAUUUUGACUCUCAGCAGUUCUGUUUGAUUAAUCUGCUCUUGUUGUGACUUGAGUAUUUUACAAGCCCUGCCUCUGCUUUAUGUUUAUGGGGGGGUGUUUAGGUGCUCCCAAAUUUAACUAAUAUCGUAUUCGGUAAACUCCGAGUUAUGUAGAUUCGCUCACUUUUAUAAUAAUAAGCUAUUGGUUUCCAGGAAAA